CAUGUAUCAACGGUCCAGAAGGAUCCUGAUAUUUCUCAUUGUCAUCUUACUGGCUGUCAACAUUUUCAGUGGAGUGGCCACCGUGAUGACAACGAUGUAUGCUUCUGGGGAGGAACUCAUUCUCUCCUGGCACUUAUCAGUGCUCGAUUGGCUAUGCGAAAAAUGACGUCUCACUUCUGGGUUCCAUUACUUGGAUCCUCGGCUUUGUGUGGGAGUUCCUCGCACUAUGUCUCGCACUGUGGAUUGCUGUCAAACACUUCCGUGAGCUGCGACAACAUUCGACAGGAGGCAUUAUGGGGGACUGUUUCACGGUGUUGAUGAAAACUCACGUGCUUUACUUUGCGAGCUUUGUUGCUGUUUCUUGCUUCAGUCUCAUUAUUGAUCUGUCUCCAACAUUCUCAGCGGACGGAUUCUCCCCGGCAGCGGAGGUUUUUUUCUUGCUUUCUUCAGAUUUUUCACUAUCGUGCAGAUGUUUGUGCUGGGACCCCCGCCUGAUCCUUGGUGUUCGAGAGUUUCACGCUAAGCUCGUGGCAGACUCUGACGCAGCAACCGGCAUGACCUCAAUUGCUUUCCAAGAGCGCGUGCAUAUAUCGACCUGGUAGUGGUGUGUAAUGCUCGGUGAAGUUAACGGCUGUCUGGUGCUCUACAAAGAGCAGGGGAAAUUGCUUUUAUUUAUUCCCACUUUCGUCACUGGUAUUGAUUCCGAAGUAGAUUUUAAGGAGACAUAGGACUGGACAAAGUUUUCGUCGUAGUGUUGUAUUUACUUGGUAGUAAGUAUAAUGGUGCCCAUGCCAGCACCCGUCCCUGACUCGUGGAUUUUCACUUCCGCUUUUUAUUAC